CAUUCUUCUCCUUCUCCUAUGCCGUGCGGUGGCGGCUGAGCUUGACCCCAGUUGGAAGGACACUGAGGUCACGACCAAGUAGGAUAUCUCGUAGGAGGAUCCCGAGGAUCCCCACUACUGUCCUAACUCCAUCUUUCCUGUCUAUGUCGUUGUUGUGCUCGUUGCUCGCACCUGUGAAGAUAUCUCAGUCUGAUCAUUGAAUCCUCUCUUGGCUCGAGCCAUCGCUGUCGCAUGCCUGCUGAUUCAUGCUCAUCACCCACUUUCCUCUGUUGCCGAAUCUUCCGUUUUCACUCCAUGUGCGCGUUGACUUGCUGUCUGUAGGUUGUGGAGGGUGAUCACCUCCAACGAAAACGAUGAGCUCAAGAAACUUCUGGAAGAAGACGACGGCAAUGCUAUGUUGAGAUCUGCUGACGGCCGCGGUCCUUUGUUCUGGGCUCAUGAGGCCAAGAACGAGGAGGCGAUCAAGAUGCUGAUUGAUGCAGGAGCACAGGAAGAUUGGCAGGAUGCUGAUGGUAACACCUGCAAAAACUUCCCUCACGGGCAGAUGACAGAGUACAUGAAAAAGUUGAACGAAGCUCGUCAAAAGGAGUUUGAGGAGCACAGGAAGCGUAUGGAAGAGCAGGAGGUGUCUAUCGACGAAGAUGAGGAUGACGAUGAUGAGGAGGAGGGAGAUGACAACGACGCGGACGAGUCUGACGAUUAAUUGGCUGAUGUGAAGACAAAUAGAACUUCGUUGGAAUGAGAGUCCUUGAUGGGUUAGUCAGUCAGGUUAGGGGAAUAGAAGCCCACAGCCCAUCUUCUCUUUAAGAAGUGUAUGCACUUUCGAACAUGGUUAACAUUACCAACUAAAAUACAGAACAUUGUUAGAG